GAAUUGACUAAUCUGUGUUUGUUUUUCAGUUGAGCAUUCAGUUAAUUGAUGCUUCUUUAUCGGUAGUGUCAGCAUGUCCUUCUCUUUGUCUUUUUCUGGAAAAUGAUUUCAUCAUUGUCUUCUGGUAAAACAUUAUUGACCAGAAGGGCAGAUCCUAUUGAGGACCCAAGCUUACAUUCCUCAAGUUUUGGACGCAGCCUUUCUCAGAAUGAUGCUGGGACAAGUGAUAAUAUGCAUGAUUCCGUAGAGGUAGAAGAUCAAGAUACAACCAAGCCAAAUAAUGGAAGUUCUUAUAAGUUAACAAUUUCAAAUAUUGAAACUAUGUUCAAAAAAUCUCAUAGGUCCACCAUGGGUGCUAGAGCUACAGAUUCUACAUAUGAAACCAAGGAGCUAUCUGGUUCCAUGGUCAUAUUAGAGAGAGUACGAGAGUUAGCUUGGAGUGGUGUACCACCAUACAUGUGCCCUACCAUAUGGAGGCUUCUUUUGAUACUUGCACAAGUAGAGAACUAUUGUUUGGAUUUCUUGUUAAUCUAUAUGCAAAAAUCGGUCGCUUUGUACUAACACUGGUGAGGGAGAUCAAUUCAAUGAUGUGGAAGCUGGUUCAUGCUCAUUCUAUGUACUGUGCAUAUUCUGAGUAGAUGAACUGAUAACAGCCAUAUGCACCACCAAAUUCAGAUGGAAGCAAGGGAGUCCUAAGAAGGAAGCAUAGUGACCAUCUUGACUGUGUUGCUCAGUUUUAUGACAUUCCAGAUACUAAACAUUCAGAUGAUGAAAUUAACAUGCUUCGCCAGGUAUUUUGACUGAAACUGCCUAUCAAUCUUUAUUUUUUUGUUUAAUUUUCUACAUGACCAACCUGGACACUCAGAGAAUGUAUAUAAACAAAUGAAAACUCUGAACAUAUCAUUACACAAGUAAAAUUGAGUCAUACAUUAAUGAGAUGGUAAUGUGUUACGCCUCCAAUAAUGCACUUAUACAAAAGGAAGGGCAAAGGAAGCUGAAAUCAAGGCUUGCCCUAACCAGCAGCUGGAUUCAACGGCAAAGAACAAGACCGAGAUCGAAACAGACUGUAAAAAGAGAAGAUCAGAUGAAGACGAGGCAAGCAAGAAUUCAAUAAUUCGUUAAGGGGGAUUUACAGCCAAAAGAGGGAGGGGGCUGGCACCUCUACUUUCAAUAUGUUUUUUAUAGUUCUUAUUACCAUUUUUUUUUUUUUUAAGAGAAUAAACACUUGUAGUGUGAAGUAUCAUAGAUAAAAAUCUUUGUGCUUG